AAGGAUGGUUUUUUUUUGCUUCGUGGGCAAAAUGUCUUCAUGGAUGCAAAAUAAGACAUAAGUUUAUUUUGUCGUCUUCUGUUUGAUUAGUAUUCUCUGAGUAUUAAUCAUGUCUUCUUCAAGACAAGCUCCUAAAAUAAGUAUUUUAGACAAACCUUUGAGCAAAGGCAAGGCUGAGAUAAAUAUAAGUACUUAUGCUCUCUUGUUUUCGGAAAUUGUUCAGUAUUGUCAAAACAGAGUUUUAUCAGUGCCAGAACUUCAAGCAAAGUUAGGUGAGUUAGGUUAUCAUGUUGGCCAAAGAAUGGUUGAUACUCUGUUUGUGCGAGAAAGAAAUUUUAAAAGAGAAACAAAGCUGAUAAAUUUAAUUUUGAUUUUAAUAAUCAUUAAAGCUGGAUUGUUAUUAAAUGACUAUCAAUUGUAUGGUUAUUUCAUUUUAGAAAUUUUAAGUGAAGUUGUAUUGUUGUUUGUUUGCUUUGUUUUUGUUAUUUUUAUAAUAGAGAAUGAACCAUUGGUUAAUAAAUUUAUAUCAAUACCAAAGGAUAAAGGUAGUCUAAACUGUGCCGCUUUUAUUGCUGGAAUUAUUGAAGCUACAUUAGUUUGUUGUAACUUCGCGGCUAAAGUGACUGCUCACUGGCACAAGGGUACAACUUUCAAGAUUAUAUUUGAUGAAUCAGUAGUUGCUCGAAAUCGUUCGAUGGAUGGAAAAUAAAGUUAAAAUUUAACUGUCUUGCUGCUGUAAAAUUUUGACUGUAAAGAUCUAUUUAAAUGUAUAUUAAAAUAAUAAAUAUUUUCCAUGUCCUCA